AGUCUUGCUCUCACUAUCGACCCAAACGGCCCACCAUACAGAGCGUUCUGAAACUUUUGAAGCGCGAGUAAACGUUCCGAAGACGGAGAUAAAUAUAAUUAUAAACAAAUCAAUUCUGAUAAAUGUAUUCGAACUCACCAGAGGACAGUUUCAAGUUGUGCAACUGUGACAACAAUAACGUUCCGCUGGACACGAAGAUGAACAAACUGUUUGGCGACAAGAAAAUUGGAAAAAAGGAUGCCAAACUCAACAACAAUGACGUCAAGAAGGAGGUGAAAAGCGUAGAAGUCAGGAAAGAAGAAGUUCUAGCAAUAAGAAAUAGAUUUCCAACGAAAAUACCUGUAAUCGUACAAAGAUUUUUCAAAGAGACCCACCUGCCCCAAUUGGACAAGUCCAAAUUUCUAGUACCUCAAGAAAUCACAAUGUGCCAGUUUCAAACCAUAAUUAGGAACAGAAUACGUUUGAACCAGAACCAAGCCCUGUAUCUCCUAGUGAAUAACAAAUCAAUGAUGAGCUUGUCGCUCACUUUAGCUGAGGUCUAUACGGAGCACUCAGAAAAUGAUGGAUUCCUCUAUGUCACGUAUGCCUCACAAGAAGUCUUUGGUGAUGGCUCAAGAAGCACACUUAGACAUACUGUGAGGGAGAAUUGUAUGUUUGAUAUCGAAUUGGUUUAG